UCUUCACGGGCCAGCGCCUCAAGUGUGGUCUCUGUCCCGGCCGGGACACGGUCUCCGACCACUUCCGAUGUGACCCGUGGUCCCUCGAGACCCAGUGUCACCGACGAACCCUCCAAGCGCCCCCACAAAUCCUCGGGGACUGAGGGUUUCGAGCCCAGGGAGAGAUCCGGGAGGAAGCCAUCCCCGGAGGGCUCGCGCUCGGGAGAGCGUCGGGAGUCGGAGGUUCGCACCGCACCGCUACCGUCCUCCAAGGCGUCGUCGAAAGCAUCUCGACACGCCUCCAAGCUGCCCGUGACCGAAGCAUCCUCCUCGUCGAAGGCGGCGCCAUCGGAAGGGGCUAAGCCAUCCAAGGCCCACUCCACGAGGACCGCUGUCCUUCUUGAUUUGCCGGAAAACCCGUUCUUCCCGCCCGAAGAUCCGGCGGUGACUCCAACGUCCUCUAAGAAGAGGCAUCACACCGAGGCUACUGAGGCUCCUCCACCCAAGAAGUCCAAGUCCAAAUCUGGGACGAAGGACCACACUGCGUCGGAGCGCCCGGCUAAGUCGUCUGAACAUGCUUCACGUAAGCAUCGUUCCCCUUCCCGGGAGACCGCUGAGAGGACCUCCUCGCGCCCUGAGCCAGCGACCCCGAGACAUGCGACAGCGGUGCCGACCACACCGCUUCCGCGGACCGAGGACUUGGCCGCCGCUAAUCAACCAGCCUCUCCUGUGAGGGAGCCUUCUCCACUGUCGGUUCACUCGUAUGCAGACGAGGCUGCCCCCCUCUCGGAUGUGGAGGACCCAUGGGAGAUGGACACUGACAUGUUCUUCGACACGGAGACUCAGAGGUACUACAUGUCGGUCCCCAAGGAGAAGGCCUUCAGAGAAUUCACCAGGCUCAACCUGCGUCCUGUGAUGCCUCAGGCUGACAAGCCAUCAUCCUCCCAGGCUGUGGCCUCGUCCUCAGUGCCUCGCCGCCAGUCCUUGGAGCCGCCGGCACCGCAAAUUCCGGCCCGCAUUCCAUCCCGGACCAGAGUACCUGACAUCCCCCUGACUUCUGAUUCCGAGUCCGACCGGGAGCCCUUGUCUCCAUCACGGGAUCCUUCGGACGAGGAAGACAAUCCAUCUAAUCCACCCUCUCCGCAGGAGAUGCACCACCCGGGCUCGUCGUCACCCACUGAUGAUGUUCGCGCCUUCAGUGAGCAUAUCAUCAAGAUGUGUCGCACCCUUGACAUCGACCUGUCUCCACCUGAAGAAGAGGCCCGCGACCCUGUGGAGCGCCGAGUCCUUGGACGCGUCCCCACCCCACCUUGCAUCCCGAUGCUGCCGUCUCUGCAAUCCAUCGUGCAGAGAUCUUGGGAUACCCCGGCCUCGCUUGCUGCUUCCUCCAAGAAGGUCGAAACUCUUUACAAGAUCGCACCACCGACCUGCUCAUGGCUGACCGACCAUCCUAAGCCGAAUUCGGCCAUUGUGGAAGGGGCACAGCAGACCUUUGUGCCGAAACAGGCGACAUCCCCGGCUGACCGAGAGGCUAAGAAGAUCGACGGCCUAGCAAAGAAAGCUUACUCCUCUGCCGCCCUCAUCGUAAAGGCUAUAAAUUACAAU